UAUUUCCACAGGAAACAGAAUUGAGUGGUAUUUGAUCCUGGCAGAACAAUGACGGAAAGAGCCAGCUUCAGCAAGCGGAACUCGCGCGCUGAGAAGAACGUUUCGGUCUUCGCUGUCCCCGGAGCAGCGUCGCUUCCAUCUCAUGAUGAAAGCUCACCUAAAGAAUCUGUGGCAAUCGCCGACGGUGUCCACGAUCAGCUGGAACCCAUGGGAUAUUCCAUAGAUCCAACGGAUUGCUUGUUGAGCUAUUACUAUAGUCGGCAGAACCUGUUUUCGGAUCCGGUGUUGAUCGUUUCUCCGCCCAGGAGUGGGAAGUCCUUGAUGUCUAUCCUUGCGGGCUACGACCUCAAGAAAAAGUUUCGUCUUUAUCCUGGUUGCGCUCCGGGUGUGCUGAUUAUUGUGCCCUCUUCUCACGAUAUCGCGGAACUGACGACGGCGGUUAAGCGUUUUGAGGCGAUUCUGGAGUUGCUGGUCCUCAACGAACCUUUGAAGGAGAAUAAGUCGUUGUUGGUAUGCUGGAUGGAAGAAGGGUUCUUCUCACUUGAAGACCCAACCAAUUUGUCUUUUGGCAAUAUGCCUUGCGACGAG